AUGAAGCUGUUCAAUUCCUUGGCCAUCUUGCUGAUUGCUGGUAUCGCACUACUCACUGCGGCUGCUCCAACUGUGGACGACGGCAGUACCGAUGUCACGCCUCUUGAGUACACAGAUGUUACCACCGCCGAAGAUUGUUGCGACUGGCGACCGACUUUGAAACAUCACGGUGCUGCUACUGUGGAGGUCUGGGUUGGCCGUCCGGCCAUCAACGGGGGUUACUACAAAGGCGAGGACUUGAAAGCGGCAGUCUGGAACAUGGUGGACCAUCUCUGUCCCGGUCAGCGUUUUCAAUGCGACGAGCCUUACCCAGGCCGCUGUGUCUGGGUUGAUCACGUCACCAAGUUAAAUCCUUUCCCGGUUGAGAGCCAGAAGAUCGGCUUCACAAACGAUGCUUAUACCAGCCCCAACUGCUACGAGUUCCCCGGCUCGAUGAUGUGCAACCUCCCAGACGGAGUUCGUGUCAACCUUCCCCCUCUCGACGGCGCUAAGGAAACACAUACCAACUACCUGCACGUCAAAUUGAUGAAGGGUGGUAAUGUUCAGCACGAAUUCCAUUGUUGCGAGACGCGCGACAAGGUUGAUGCGCAGCUCGACACGCUAUAUGACCGCAUCACCGGUAUGUUCCAUGAGGACUAUGGAAAGUUUCGGCUGACUAAUUGUAUGGUUCGUGGCUGGACGACCUGCGAACAAUGUUACGAUAGGUUUGAUCCUGACAAGUGCAAGAGGUGUGGCAAGGGAUGCAGAAAGCUAGAUUAA